GUACAGUGUAAUAAUGAUAGGCGUAAGGCAGCAUCCAGUGGGAGAUAGACGUGUUCCACAGUUCUGUUCGAAAAGCCGCAGAGCACUGCUCGAUGCAAAAUGCUCCAGCUACUGCUCGUAUUUGUGCUUAUUACCGGCGUGACCUAUUACCUCACGAUCCGUCGAUCACGGAAGCGCCUCUUCGAACUGAUGGGCACCUAUCCUGGUCCGUUCGAUCUACCACUCAUUGGCAGCACCUACAUCGGCAUCGGGUUGAACUCCAGGACAGUAGUUGAAUAUUUGCUGAAGUUUCUUCAUACUCUUCCGUCGCCAUUCCGUGCCUGGAUAGGACCCUAUGCGACCCUGCUGUUCGAUCAGCCAAAGCAUUUGGCGGUUAUUCUGAACUCGCAGAAGUUGGUGCAAAAGUCUUUUUUCCAGAAGUUUUUCCGUUUCGAUAAAGGGGUCAUCAAUGCCGAUCACGUCCUGUGGCGAAUGUUGCGCAAACGGCUCGGGCCACCCUUUUCCAAGCAGGUGGUGAGCGAUUUUGUGCCGACAUUUAACGAACAGGCCGACGGGCAGUUGGAAUAUCUGGAUCGAUUCGUCGGCAGCGAGGCAGUCGAUAUGCUCCCGAAGAUGAGUGUUUAUGCGUUGUCCAGCACGUUGGUGAACCUGUUCCAGGUGAAGCUGCACGCCAAGGAUUACGAUUUCUGCGAGAAAUUUGCAGAAAAUUCCGAAAAAAUGUGGAUCCACAUGUUCCGACGGGUGUACAAACCUUGGAUCAUUCCGGAGUUUCUAUAUCGCUUGACGCCUUCGUACAAAGUUGAACUUCAACAAGUGGCCAAAUUACGAGCGCUAUCGAAAGAGAUAGUGCAAGCACGAGAAGUAUUGCGAGGGAAAACACCCCCAUCCAACAACGACUGCACCAAUACCGAAAUUCUCAUCGACCGUCUCGAACGACUCACCUACGGAACCGGUGAGCUGGAUUACGCCACCAUGAUGGACAACAUCGAUACGUUCCUGUUCGCAUCGGUGGACACAACCUCCAGCACGGUUGCAAGCACGCUGCUGAUGAUGGCAAUGCAUCCCGAGGUACAGGAACGUGUCUACCGGGAAGUGGCCCAAGUGAUCCCAGCAGGUGAUUACGUUGCGCUGGAAGAUCUGCCGAAGCUGGCGUACCUGGAUCAGGUGAUAAAGGAAACGAUGCGUCUAAUCCCCGUUGCCACGAUAUUGAACCGUGUUUGCACUGAGGAACUGCAGGUUGACGACCAGUGGACCAUUCCGAUGGGAGCCAUCGUCGGCAUACCGGUUAUUAAGAUUCACCGGGAUCGCCGCAUCUGGGGUGAACGCUCGGAGGAAUUCGAUCCGGAUCACUUUUUGCCGGAGAGGUGCGCCCAAAGGCAUCCGUACGCUUACAUUCCGUUUAGCGCCGGCAUUCGGAACUGCAUCGGGAUGCGGUAUGCGAUGAUUUCGAUGAAGGUGGUGCUGGUUAAGAUGGUAAAACGGUUUCGAUUUAGGACGGAUUUGAAGAUGAGCGAUCUGAAGUUCGAAGCGGCGUUCUUGCUGAUGCUGGCCAACAAGCACAUGGUGCAAAUUGAGCGGAGGUAGAUUAGGGAGCGU